CUCCUCGCCACUGCCAGCAGUCGCCCUGCGGGUUCGGUUCCCAGAUCUGGUCCUGCCUCUCCUCCCCUACCAGGGGGCAUCACCCUCGGGGCGACUACUUGCUACCAGAAUCGCUCAGCGGGACUCUUCGACACUCAGGUAAGCGAUGGCGAAGUUUGACGCCGGCAGAGAGGCAGCCAUACGUUCAAGAAGCAGAACGUCUCCGACAGCAGCAUCAGAAAGAUUACCCUCAUUACAAGUAUAGACCACGAAGAAGAAAAAGCACAAAAAGAGGUAAUGGUGCAGCUCCUGCGAAAAGUUCUCCGACUCCUCCUGUACCCCAAGCUUCUGGUGGUUCGAUUGGGGCGUCUCCUCAUUCAGUGUUCCAGAAUGGAUACAACCCAUCUUAUGAGACACCACCGUUGUCAUACACUCCUCAGCAACAUGGUUGCAGCAGCAAUAGUGCAAAUCGCAUGGGUUUCCACAACCAACAGUUGAAUUGUGAUUUCUAUGGCGUCCAAACACCCGAUUGCUCCCCUAAUGGUAGCCCAAAUAAUGAUAGUAUAAAAUUCCCCAAAAAAGAACUGGGUAUGGGUGUCGAGUAUGCUCAAGAUAAAAAUAAUAACCAACGGGUUGAUGGUAAUAUAAGAGGAUUACCAACACCAGAUAUGUCGCCACCUCAAACUGAACAAGAAGCUUCCAACCGCCUUCAGAUGCAGAGAAGGGAACCGAAUCAAGGCAGAGUAUCCAAUAACAAUACAUUGAUUCAACUUAUUUCUCAGUUUGGUGGAACUUCUAACUACCUAAAGGAUAUUCGACCUCCAUACCGUCUGCCUAUGCGAUUGGCAGCAUCCACGUUGCAAGCACUCUCUGCUGCUUCAGGGAAUCCUAUCUAUACUGUGUCUGAAUGCGGCCAGCAUACGAUGAUCCAAGUUUCUUCAGGAAUGGAUGUUCAGCGUCGUGAUUUCUAUCAUUCAUCGUCUUCCAUGUCACCCAUCAACAGCCCACCUACUACCAUGUCAGAAAGAAACAGUCCAUUUCCAACAACUAGCCAUCUAUACAGUGCCUUACAAAAUCGUUCACCUAGUUACAAACAUCUCAGCAAUUAUAACCCAUGUUCCAAUGAUUCAAGCGCUACAGGAAUGUACUCCAACCAGCAAACGCCUCAAGUCAAAAUAGAAGUAGAGGAUUGCAACUCGGACCCAGAGCAACAGUUUCAGUUCUUGCCGUCAUACAGUUCUGCAACGUCUUAUUCCAAUGCGUCGUCCAUGAACUUUACGUAUAACAGCAGCUCUUUCCCUCCGCAAGAAGCAUAUCAGAAGAACAGUGAUCACACGAACGGGUUUCCUAUCAGCAAAAAUUCCAGUAUCGGUAACUCGGCCAAUUAUAAUGCCAUGAACUCCGCGGAUACCUCUUUUGUUCCAGAUAUUUUCGGAGACAUAGAUGGUAAAGAGUUGGAUCGUUAUCUCACAGGGUCGUCUGCUUAUUCAGCACCAAAUGCUGGUCCCACCGAUUCUAAUAACAUAUCAUCUUCCCCAUUCCCUCCACGUCAUCAGCAAGGUCAACGGACUGUUGAAGAUACUCAGUUUGGAAGCUCCUUCCAGGACUGUCAGAAAUCCAUCUAUGGCAAUCCAUUAAUGGAUGCUUCUGGAAGCAACAAAAUGGUUCUAGGAACUGAAGAGGAAGGAGAUACGAUAAGUGAGGCAUUUGCUGCUUUCAGGUCCAUUAUAAGUUAGCGUAGAAAUGAGCUUAUACAGCAUUUGUUAUGAAGUCUUCAACAUGAAUUCUGACUGAUCAUGAAAAUAAAAUGUGCUCAAAAAUAAAUACUUGGAAUGUCAGUGAAUUUUGGAAACCGUUCUUUUUGGUGUUGACAGGUGGUAAUGUCCUGCAUAAGUUCCUUAAUAUUUCUAGUGGAAUAAAUAUGUGGGCAUUUCAACAGUGUUACCGGUGAUAUUUAAACUGUUAUUUUUUUUUAAUGUGGUAAAUCAGCAUGGCGAGAUUUUAUUCUGCGUUUUCUUAUAAUGGUAAAUGCUCUCAUUUCGUUAGAAUAUGGUGGAAAAUGACUCAGAAUCUGAAUAUAAAACAAUGAGAGUUACAAUAUUUUUUUUAAAGGCCAAAACUUUGAAAUAGUGUUAUAUUUUCGAAUUCAUUGAAACUGUUUUAACUGUGUUUGUAACCUGUUUUUAAGUGCAAUGGCUGUUAACUGAAGAACAAAAUGAAGCGAACUUACCAUUCCAUAUGAGUAUUACUAAGCCUAUGAGUGAGAUAGUGAAAAAUCAAAACUUACGUACUUUGUUUUCAUUUUAGAGAGAACUUAUUUCAAAUCAUUUUGAUGAAGUCAAGUAUUCUUUUUACAAAGGAGAAAAACUCAGUGUUUGAGUUUAUUUUUUUAUUAUUCGAGAGAGUAUUAUGUGCCUUUUUCCCUUUAUUAAAAGUGGUUCAUAUGUACAGAAUUUACAUGUCCAAAAAUAUCUGUGUCUCUGUUUAAAUUUGUUUUUAUUUAGACACUGUUUACCAACCUGAAGAUCAAAAGUUAUUUUUAUAACAUAGUUUCAAAGAUACCAGUGAUUUCUUCCUUUUUUAAGUUCGUACUUGGAAAAGUACACGUGUAAAGACAUAUUUGUUGCAGAGUUUAAAAUAAAGAUAUUGUUUUGAAAGAUU